CCCUACAGGAAGUUGAGCUCUAUGAUGUCAUGGCCGCAGGAAGUUGCUUGAGGAAGGGCAAGAUGGCGGCGCGGAGGGGAAUGAGCUUCUUGUGCCGGCUGUGGAAGGUGAUUGUGGCGUCUCUAGGGGCAGGGUUCGGCUGAGCAGCGAGGAGGCUCCCCGGGGCGGUAUAAGUUAAUGUCUAGGCCGCUAAAUAUAGGGUAAUAAUCUUAAAAAGCCGACGUCGGAGCUGCCUUUGGAUAAUAUAUAUCUGAGCGGGAGGGAUGUGUCAGGAGAGGGAGGCUGGCGAAGAUGGUCACCUCAGAGCUGGGCUUUUAUAUCUCGCCGCCACCUUUCCUGUGGGAAGGACCACCUCAGCGACGGGUCUGCUCCCGCAGGAUUUUAUCCCUUCCCCACCACAGGGCCCCGUGAGAAAGCGUCAUACGUUGAUAUCGUUUGCUGUGGUGUGAUGGUUUUUCUGUAAGCUGCAUUGGAAAGAUUAGCAUUCCGAGGUUACUGCAGCUGUAAUAAAUGGCAAUGCAUGCUGUAAAUACGUAUGUGCAAACUAGGAGACCCGGGUUCAAAUGCCUACUGAGCCACAAAAUUCACACAGUGACCUUGGGCCUGACACUGCCAACCUAGCCUACUUUGCAGGGUUGCGUUCGAGUCUUUGCAAUGGAAAAUUGUUAAAAGCUUUUACUGGCGAUGGCUCUAUGUUAUUGGAAUUAUUAAACACUAAAGCAACGGUCUGUUGCUUAAAUGGUGAUCUCUAAAACCCUUUGAGUAGCUUUGCCAUUCAUCUCAGUUGACAUAGUCAACAAAAGAGAAAAAUAGUCAUUGUCCCUUUCCUCUUAGUAAGUCUCCAGUGCCUUUAUCUGUCUUUUAUCAGGCAACAUUCAAAGAAGUUUCCCCGGUGACCACCUUCACACUGGAAAAAUACCUAUUUGCUGUGGUUUUGCCUGGCUUUUCUCAUAUGUUUUAGAAUGCAUAGCACUCCCAGAAUCCCAGUGGCAAACUUUAUUGGUGGCUGCUUAUGAACUGAUGUGCGUAUCUCAUAGAGAAGCAUGGGACAUAGAUGCUUCCAUGUCAUUGCAGCCUGGUAAGGGAAGUAGCUAUGCUAUUGCCCUUUCCCCCUCCUGUUGCACUGCUGCCCUUUACAGCUUUUACUACAUCAGGUUCGGAAUCUACUGCUAAGAAACCCCAAAAGCAGCCAGGGGGCAAUGAGUGGGAAAUGCUGUGCUUAUGAGGGGGCAGGUUUGGCCUCAAUGGAUGAGCAGCAGCCCAUUUAAACAUGAAGGCCUUGAAGGGGAUUGUGUGUAGAAGAUCCAGUUAUGACAGUUACAGAAUACGUGAGGAAUCUAGAAAGAACUGAUGCGAUAGUUUGUAAUUGUGGACUGCCUUUUGUAUGAAUAAUGUUCUAAAUAAAGUCUCCUUUCUCAUCAACUGCCCACUUUUUCUAAUGUAUUUUAGAUGGGGGUGGGCAUCUAGGUAUUUAUUUUCUUAUUUGACUAAAUAAAUCUGGAAAGCUGAAGUAGCUGGCCAACAAUGUAGCAACAUUGCUAUCUUAACAUACCAAUCCUAUAUUAUGUUCUUAGGGACCAGAGGCUUGCCUUUUAACAAGAAGAGUUCCACUAAAGCAAUGUAGCUUUCUUCAGUAAGUUUAUCACUUCCAGCUAAAUUCUUAAAACACUCAUUUUCUUAUAUUGCUCCUGUCGUGAUAUUAUCACACACAUCCCUUUUUCCUAUUUCAGCAACAAUCACUUGAUGUGGUUUCAGUUUUCAGGCGUGCACACCAAUAUUCAGCAGCCCAAGGAAAAAUCCCUGGUAAGUCUUGAGUUUUGAACUUCUUAUAACUUGCCAGUAACUAAUAAAAUGUUCUGAAAAAUAUUAACUUUGAGAUUGGGAGUACAGGUACUUUACCACUUAUGCAUAUUGAACUUGUGCACAUUCAGCUUUACGUACUUGGCAAAUUAAAAAUAAAUAAAUAAAAGGGGAUGGAAAGGGGGCGGGCAUCCUGAAAACAAAAUACAUUGGUUUUCCCACCUGCCAUUUAUUCCUGUGUUUUGGCUAUGUGCAAUUUUGGCUUUAUGCACUAUCCCCAGAAUGUAACCCCCAUGUAAGUUCAAAGUCAUUUUUAUACAUUUUUAUACCUUGGUACUUGAACAGCUGGGCUUCCAAACAAAUUGGCUCCUGAACGCCGCAAACCUGGAAGUGUUCCGGUUUGCAAACAUUUUUUGGAAGCUGAACAUCAGACGCGGCUUCCGCUUGAAUGCAGGAAGCUCCGGCAGCCAAUCGGAAGCCACACCUUGGUUUUCGAAUGGUUUCAUGAGUCGAAUGGACUCCUGGAAGAACCAAGGUACCACUGUAUAUUGAUAAGGUUUAAACAAUGUUGGGGCACAAAAAAUGCAUAUAACAACUUAAUUUGAACUCAAUUAUUUAAAACAAGACUUUAAUGAACCAUGCAUUAAGGCUGCCAAGCCUUAAAAUAUGAGUGCUUCUUUGCUUAUUUCUCAUUGUUUUUACAUCCAGGUAUCUGUUUCAGAUGAACCAGACGUGUUAUAUAAGAAACUGGCUGUUUUGGUGAAAGGUCAUGACAGAAUGGUGUUGGACAGUUAUGAGUAUUUCAUGGUGCUUGCAGCUAAAGAACUUGGUCUCUCCAUAGAAAAAGUGUAAGUACAAUUAUCCAUUGUAGUUACUCAGUAAUUCUAAAAUCUCAUUUUCUAAUUGGUCCAACCAAUUAUCCAACUAUAGCUGGAUAAUUGUAGAUAAAAGACUUAGCAAAAUUGCAUCUUAGCUUAAUGCUUUCAAAUCUAAUGGUUUCAUUGACAUUUGAAAAACAAGAAAGAAUGCAUAAAGCACACUAAAACUGUUUUAUUGAUUGGAAAGAAUCCAGGAUAUCAAAUUACUACCCUUAUAUAAUUUUGAGGGCAAGUGUGGUGCAGUGGUUAGAGACAAGGGUCUGUGAGAUUAAAGUUCAAAAUCCUCAUUCAGCUGCAAAGUUCACUGGUUGACCUUCAGCCAACCACAUCACAGGGUUGUUGUAAGGAUAAAAUAUGGAGGGCUGAACCACAUAUGACAGUUUGAACUCAUUGGAGUUAAGAUGGGAUAUAACUGUAGUCAUAAACAGACAGUUGAGCUCAUUGAUUCUAACUUUGGAAUAUGGACUAUUAGACAAUCUGCUUAAGGACUAGUAAAUUAUGCAAGACAAUUUCUUGCAAAUUUACAGUCCAGAAGUACAACAUCUUGUGGCUGCUGUUGCUAAGAAAUCUAUCAUAUUGAACAACAGUUCAAUGUUUCUGAAGGUAGAAGUAACCUUGUGUUUUAGGCAAUGCAUAUUUACUCAAAAGUAUGAUUUUAACUAGCAGUAUUACUGUUAAGAUUUUUUUUAUAAAAAAAGUUUCUCAUAUUUAUAUUGUUGACAAAAGUUAUUGAAGUCAGCAAGGGUUUUGCUACUGGCUUUAGUUUAAUGAGGUUUUCCCUUGCCCAUUUCUAUGUUUCCCCCCCCCCCCCAACCUUAGGUUACAUGCAUCUCUUUGCAUACAGCCAUAAAGGCCAAUCAGUUGAGUUGGAGGCUCAGUUGUUUCUCUCCCUGCUCCCCACUGCUUGCCAGGCAGCUUCAUUAUUGAAAGCUGUCAGUGGAGUGACUGUAAUUUCAGAAACAAAUGAAUAUACUAAAAUGACCAAUGAUUCUAUGAAAACUGCUGUAUCUCUUAGAGAAGAACCUCCAAAGAAGAUAGAACGAUUCACACUUCUAAAAUCAGUGCACAUAUUCAAGAAGCACAGAGUUCAGUAUGAAACGAGAACGCAUUACCGCCACGUGCAGGUGAGUGAAGAGCUGUAUGUUUAAAUAAGAGACGUGCUUAGCAAACAGAUUAACAUUUUUAUUAUUAUUCAGGAAAUAACAGCUGUCUACCCCCUCUUUCAUCAUACACAUGCACAUACAUACUCGUGUGUAAAACAUUAAACAUAAUAUGUGGUGAAUAGCUUGAGAGCCAUAUUCAAGCCUCUAAUGUUUUGACCUAGAAUGGUCCUAACAGUGGUAUCUAUAUUGGUCCAAGUAGGGCUGCAAAAGCUGGGGAAAAGUAAGCCAGAUACAGCCUACAGAUUGGUUUCCUUUAGCACAUGUCUUAUUAAUUGCUAUGUGGAAACUAAAAUACUGUUUUUGUUUCAGUUAAAGCAUUUAACCGGCAGCACAGCCAAUGUUUACUUGGAAUACAUUCAACGAAACCUACCUGAAGGGGUUGCUAUGGAAGUAAAAAAGGUAUUAGUUAACUUUGUUCUUGCUUCUGUAGUAUAAACUCUUCGUUUUAUCAUUUAUCGGACAAAAUGGGAUUUUUGCCACUUGGUAGCCUAACUGCAUGUCAUACAUGUGUUGAAUUUUAGGAAUAUAAGUAUCACAGAAACUUAUAGAAACACAGAAAUCAUAUAAGUAUCACAGAAACGUGCUAGGAUUGUUCUAGCAUAAAAAUGGCUGUUGCACAUGCAUGAUUUUUAACCUCAUUUUUGAUACUUUCUUUUUAGACAAGACUAGAAAGACUUCCUGAACAUAUCCAGAGACCUGUCUGGGACACACUGCCUCAAGUAGAAGAAUCAACAAGUAAAUCCUAAAUGCCUGGUCUGAAGAUCCCACUCUCUAGAGUUGAAAUUAAAUGUAACAAUGUCAUUCUGUUAGAGAGAAAUAUACUAUUUCUUAAAUGGACCUGUAAUGAACUAGUUUUUAAUGAGCCUGCUUUUCAACCAGAUUAAUUCUCAAAAAACACACAUGUUUCGGAAGAGAUUGUGGACAACAGACACUUGACGGAAGUUGUGUUAUCUGUUGUUUGUGUAUCAUGUCUUGCUGUACAGUGGACGCUCAGGUUGCGAGUGUGAUCCAUGCUGGAGGCACAUUUGCAACCUGCAGCGCUGCGUCUGCACACACGCGGGUUGCAAUUUGGCACUUCUGCGCAUGCGCGACCGCCAAAACCCAGAAGUAACUUGUUCUGGUACUUCCGGGUUUUGGUGGGUCUGUAACCCGAAAAAACGGAACCUGAAGCGUCUGCAACCCGAGGUAUGACUGUACAUGGAAAAAAGGUUUUAAAUUAUGCUACUGACACUGUUGCUUAUAAUCAGAAUAUCUACUUCAAUAUGAACAGCAUAAUAUAAAGAGGCCCUUAGCAGAGUACUGUUGAAUUUGUAAACCAUCUGCAACCAACUGUAUUAAUAACCUGUACUUCCUUCUAUAUAACUCUUAGAAAAGGUGUUAACAGAAUACAAUGGUACCCCGGAAGUUGGAACAGAAUCCGUUCCAGAAGUCCGUUUGACUUCCAAAACGUUUGGAAAGCAAGGCACAGCUUCUGGUUGGCUGCAGGAAGCUCCUACAGCCAAUCGGAAGCCACGGAACCAGCGUUGGAUGUUCGGGUUCCAAAGAACGUUCGCAAACCGGAACACUCACUUCCAGGUUUGCGGCAUUCAGGAGCCAAAAUGUUCGACUCACAAGGCGUUUGGGAUCCAAGAUACGACUGUAUUUUGUUCACAAUAGGGAUCUUCUUAUAAGAGCCACAGUGUUCUACAUAUAAAUCUUUUAUGUGUACCGCUGAUAAGAAAUGGAAGGUAACAUCAGCUAGGAGGAGCAGGUGUGUGGUGCCAGAUAUCCAUAGUUCUUAGUGCCAAAUACAGCUAAGGACCAUGUUUGCCACAGCUUCCCCUCUACCCCUACUGAUGUAUGGAUGUUUGCUGCUACAUUCACAACACACGAAAUUAGCUGUGGACGGGCACUAUGAUUCAUGCAAGAAGCCUGAAGCAGCCUCAUGUUAGUGUUUAAACAAUCAUAGAAAUUGUCCUGCUUCUCUGCAAAAAACACUGGGCAACUGCAGAUGUAUAGUGAAAUCCUGUGUUUACUCAGACGACAGAGUUCAAUGCGGCUUACUCUAAGAUGAUUAAAUCAAGGUUGCAGUGCUAUAGAGACAUGGUUCAGGUGCUUCGACUGAAGAAAAAAAAUCCCCUCAAUUUCAGUGCAAAGGUGCUCCUUUUAUCUUCAUUCUCUUUAUUACCAAAAGGACAUUAAUUGUAGUGGAUAAAAAAUUACCCUGUUAACCUGUUACUUAAUAGGCACCAAAUUCCCAAGUACUUAAUGUGUAAUAACCGCUUCUAAAAAGAAAAGUGACUGCUUUUUUGAAAACGAGAUGAGAACUAGUCAGCUUGAGAUGCAAAAUGUCUAAUUGCUUGAGACAGAGCUUCGAUUUCACACGGCCAAGGAUGAUUUUGCAGGAUUUAUGACUUUCCCCAAUUGCUGUUAGUUCUGAUCCAUAGUGUCAGCUAUUCUUGGAGAAUUGGGCAUACUGCUGGAACAGUAAUCUUAAGCUGAUUUUUCCUUCUUAGCUUUUUUGUUGUUGUUGCUAAAGAGGAAGUGUAAGACCAAGCUGUGCCAAAGAGCUUGUCUUAAUUAGGCCAGCCCUGAGCAGAUGCUAAUCUCCCACAUAGAGCUUACUAAUAACCACAGGAUGUUUAGGAAACAAUCAAAAGCCUACAGAAAUAUUUUUAACUGGGGCACAAGCCAAUCUGUUUCUCCCAUAAACACACUUAAUAAUUUGAUAUGUUAAUCUGCACCCGCACCCCAAAUAUCUCAAUUGCCCAGCAACCAUAUUCUUGUUUUACAAAUCAGUGACAUCACUCAGUUUGCUAAAGCAUUUUGAUCUCUUGGAACCAAACCCAGAAUGCUCUAACCCCGUAGUAGUUAUUGGCAUUCCUGGAAAAGAUAUUCACCAACCUAUGAACAAGCUUCAUUUAACAUACCAAUUUCCAUAAAGGACUGCAUUGUUACGUCUCACUCAGGGUUUUUUUUUUAAAUACGCAAAAUGGAUAAUUUUGAAAACUGCAUCUCUCCCCUUUUUCUAUUUAGUUCAGGGAAUCAAGUUCUUUUUUUCAUUAUUGCUUUGAGCAACAUUUGAAUAGUAUUCUUUCUUUACUGAAACAGUGUUUCAAAGAAAGUUGUCUUCCU